GGCCCGCCGCCGCGGCGCAGAGAAGCGCUCCUCGCUCUGGGCCGCGCCUGCACGUGCUGCGGCGCCGAGGCGCUGAAGCCGACGCCCCGCGGCUCCGCCGAGCUCGCCGCGGGGGAGGCGCGGGCGGGGCACGUCGAGGAGCACGUCAUCGAGGUCUGGGAGCUCCAGCGACGGGCCACGCUGUUCUCGCAGACGUGGCAGGCGCCGUUCCUGCCGCACGACGGG